GCAUCAUGGCUUGAUGUGACUCCGCCAAAAAAUCAAUCAUGCGGCAAUCUUCGGGGAAUGCCUUAACAUUGACGGUAUAAAUGGCACGCUCGCUCCCCUCGAUGAACCCAUUCCCGCUUUCCGAACUUUCCUUCUCGCCUUUCUUCUGUCCCUACUAGCUCCAGUUCACGUCAUUGAAUUCUGAUAUAACCCCACCAUUCCAUUCCUGAACGCCCUUCUCGGCCAGCAAACAACGUCGAACCGGGGGAAUCCAAUCAAUCAAUCCUUUAGCCUCUCUAUCAACUGUCUUUUUCAAAUCUACAAAGUCCACCAUGACCGCCAAUUCGACCACGAAGCAGCCCGUAGUCUGUGUCUUCUGCGGCGCCUCGGCCGGCGGCUCCCCCGUGCACCUCGAAGCCGCCCGCGCCCUCGCCCGCGUCCUCCAUGCCCACAACAUAAAGCUCGUCUACGGCGGCGGCACCGUAGGCCUCAUGGGCGAAGUAGCGCGAACCCUCGUCUCUCUCUCCGGCCCCUCUGCCGUCCACGGCAUCAUCCCGCAACCCCUCGUCAAAUACGAGCAGAAGCACGACCCGAACGACCCCACGGCGCACACAAUCGACGAAGCCAUCUACGGCAAGACAACACUGGUCAAGGACAUGCACACCAGAAAGCAGAUGAUGGCCCGGGAGGUCAUCGAGGGUGGCCCCGGUGGCGGCUUUGUCGCGCUGAGCGGCGGAUACGGCACGCUGGAAGAGCUUAUGGAAGUCACCACGUGGAACCAGCUGGGUAUUCACAGCAUGCCCGUCAUUGUGUAUAAUGUGGACGGAUACUGGGACGGACUGCUGACUUGGGUCAAGAACGCGGUUAGCUCUGGCUUCAUCGCGCCGACGAAUGCUGGCAUUCUGGUAGAGGCGUUGGAUGCAGCUGAAGUAAUUACAUGCUUGAAGGAGUAUACGAACGCGGAAGGCAGGUUCAACUUGACCUGGGAUUCAGGUUGAUCAGGCUAUGGCGGGCUUGCCGGCCACAUAAAGUUUAACACAUGCUGGUUUCCAUACAGGUUCCGACCACACACGAAGAGGGAUAUGAUAAGGGUCGAAGCGGCAUGAGUCGGGGCUCAAAUCCCCGCAAGCAAGCAAUACCGCUGUGGCUCAAGAUAUCAUCCCGUAGAGAAAGGUUUUGGUCGUCCAUUAAUCAUGUCACAAUAGAUACUUUUUAGAGGACGGGAGUUUAGUGGCUAUGUAGACUCAUCACGAAAUGAACAAGGAAGUCAAAAGUGU